CGAAGAGAGCCCCGCUGCCGGACUGCGCGCUUCUGCUGCCGACGUUGCGCCGCUGGGGCUGCGGAUCCCGCGCAACUUGGGCUCGUGCUCGAGAUCCACCGGCGGUGUGCUGCUGAUCAAGGUGUGCUCUGCUGUUGCUGCUGCUGCCCCUGCUGCUGCCCUACUUGGCGAUUUACCCCAGAUAGUUUCACACACACCUGACAGAGGAUCACCAGGAUGGAGCUACAGAAUAUGGGAGAGGAUGCAAGCACCGAAAAGCUCAAUGGGACCUUGCCGGAUAGUGACAAGGCUGCUGUCCUGGAAGAUGGCUAUGAGGAAGAAGAGCGUGCUUUGACUGAGGAAGAGGAGUUCCUGCCCCACAUUGCUAGCAAGAAACUGAACCAGUUCACUGAUUUUGAGGGAAAGACGUCCUUCGGGAUGUCGGUCUUCAACCUGAGCAACGCCAUCAUGGGCAGCGGCAUCCUGGGCCUGGCCUACGCCAUGAGGAACACGGGGAUCGUCCUUUUUGUGGUGCUUCUGAUCUGCAUUGCUUUGCUGUCCUCCUACUCCAUCCACCUGCUGCUGAAAUGCGCUGGCGUUGUGGGAAUUAGAGCCUACGAACAGCUGGGACUCCGGGCUUUUGGCCACGGGGGCAAAGUGGUUGCAGCUGUGAUAAUCUCAAUACACAACAUAGGAGCAAUGUCCAGCUACCUGUUUAUCGUUAAAUCUGAGCUGCCACUCGUGAUCCAAACUUUCUUAGGGCUGUCAGGGGACAAUGGUGAGUGGUACAUGAAUGGGAAUGUCUUGAUCAUCGUUGUCAGCGUUGGUGUCAUCCUACCUCUGGCUAUGAUGAAACAUUUGGGUUAUCUUGGUUAUACCAGUGGGCUCUCCCUCACCUGUAUGUGUUUCUUCCUCAUCUCGGUGAUCUACAAGAAAUUUGAGAUUCCCUGCCCCCUCAAUGGGACGCACUCUGAAAAGCCCCCCGUCUACUAUAAUGGGAACAAUGGCACUUUGGGGUCUGAUGAUGAAUGAUGUCUGCUCCUGAAAGUCUUCACUGUCAACUCCCAGACGGCCUACGCCAUCCCCAUCCUGGCAUUUGCCUUUGUCUGCCAUCCAGAAGUUCUGCCCAUUUACACUGAGCUGCGCAGGGCCUCCAAACGUCGGAUGCAGAAUGUAGCAAAUGUCUCCAUCCUCGCCAUGUUUGUCAUGUACCUGCUGACCGCCAUUUUUGGCUACCUCACUUUCUACGAGAGUGUUGAAGCAGAGAUGCUGCACACUUAUAUCAAAGUUGACGCCAUGGACAAGCUCAUCCUCUCUGUGCGGUUGGCUGUGCUGAUGGCUGUGACACUCACAGUGCCUGUGGUUCUGUUUCCGAUCCGCAGGGCCAUCCAGCAGUUGCUGUUUCACAAAAAGGAUUUCAGCUGGGUCCGCCAUGUCAUCAUUGCCUGCUGCCUCCUUGUUAUUGUCAACCUUCUUGUCAUCUUCGUGCCAAACAUCAAGGACAUUUUUGGAGUCAUUGGAGCCACGUCGGCCCCCAGCCUCAUCUUCAUCCUCCCAAGCAUCUUCUACAUCCGCAUUAUCCCCAACGAGAAAGAGCCCCUGAGAUCCAGAUCCAAAAUACAGGCUGCCUGCUUUGCUGCCCUUGGCUUCGUUUUCAUGGUGAUGAGCCUGAGUUUCAUCAUUGCCGACUGGGUAACGACAGGGAAGAGCAGCGGAGUGGGGCACUAACCCCCUCCGUCCCCCCAAAGACACAGUGGUUCUUACCAGGGAGGACCAUUUACUGACAGAGACGUGCCAUCGCCCCCUCCUGUUCACCCUCGCUCAUCCUGGAACGACACCUCCUGUCCAUCGCUGUGGGGAAGUGACGGAAAGAACCCUUCGUGGUCAUGACAAAGUAACCUGGAACGGCAUGGGCGGGGAGCUUCUCUUUGGCCCUUCUGGGCUCUGGGGCCACGAAACAGGUGAUCAGAAAGAGGCUGCCCGUUGCCACGGAGCUAGCAUAAGCUCUCCUCGUUGGUCAGUUUUGGUGCUAUGACAACACAAGCGACCGUUACAUGCUUUCAGCUCCUAUGGUAGGAGCACAGAGCUCCUGGCCUUCUUUGCCUCUUUGGCAAUCAGGCCGUGGCCAGCCAUUGCUUGGCACAACAAAACUGCGUGGAGUUUUGGGUUUACACUUUUUUGUGGAGGACGGGGGUGGGUCCAGGAUAAUAGCGCUGUCUCGCACGCUCUCUGUCUGUCUCAGCAUUUCGUCAUCGUUGCCAUUACGGGAGGAUACUCUGGGCUGUCGUUGCAGCAGUGGUGCCCGGCUGUCUCCUGUGUUCUGUUGCCAAGCAUGCAAACGGGCUCCUGCUCUUUUUGCUGCCAUGGGGGCAGAGCCUCCACCUCACUUCUCUGUUCCUCUGCCUGGUACCAACUAUGCCCGCUGUGCCUGGGGGGUUGUGGCCCCAAGUUGGAGUGCCAAAAGCCAACGGUGCCCCUAGUGGACAAUCUAAUUUAUUUGCUCAUAUUUAAUUUGGACCUAGGAACGCGGGUGGCGCUGUGGGUUAAACCACAGAGCCUAGGACUUGCCGAUCAGAAGGUCGGCGGUUCGAAUCCCCGCGACGGGGUGAGCUCC